GCCACGGCACCGCUGGGUGACAGCUCCCGGCCGCGGGCAGCGGUUGGGGAGAGGGGACAGGCUUGUGUCACCGGGGGAUUUUAACCAUUGCCGGGUUUCGUUUGGAUUUUUUGCGUGUCCCUGGCGUUGCAUGGAGGUGCCAGGGACAGCCGGUGACCCCGCGCCGCCUGUCCCGCAGCGCUGAAGCACGGCAGGAGAGGCACACCACACCGUGCUGCGAGACAUGGCCCAGCGGCCAUGGCGAAGGAUAGGACUGAAGCCCCCCACCCCGGCAGCCCUUGGAGUGCUGCUGGCCCUGGCCUUGCUGGCCCUGGCCCACGUGCCACCACAGCUGGCGUCAUCUGCCCCUGGCCCCCCGCGAGACGCCACCCCGGCAGCCGGGGCUCUGGCCUGCAGCGAGGGGCUGCGCGAGCCCCCUGCUCAGCCGAGGCGGGAGCAGCCCCAUGUGCGGGGCAGGAGGCGGCGGCGGGCUGCGGCGGGGGACGCUCCCCCGUGGCUCUCCCAUGAUGACCUCCAGAAGAUGCGGCUGCUGGCUGAAGGGCGGAUCGUCUCCAAAACCCGUGUCCCAGCCCACGGGCAGGUCCUGAGAGUGGGGCUGCGGGCUGAGGGGGACACCGCAGCGGCCAGCCCAGAGGAGGAGUGCCGGGCCGGGCGCUGUGGGCUCAUCAAGCGUCCCGGAGACCUCUAUGAGGUGCUGGCCUUCCACUUGGACAGGGUGCUGGGGCUGAACCGCAGCCUGCCCGCCGUGGCACGGCGCUUCACCAGCCACCUCCUGCCCUACAGCUACACCGACGGCUCCCCGCGACCCAUCAUCUGGUGGGCACCUGACCUCCAGCACCUGGAGGAUGCCAACAACGAUCAGAACUCCUGCGCCCUGGGGUGGCUGCAGUACCAGGACAUGCUGCGGCCACACGCACCGACGCUGGGGGCCGAGGAUGCUCCCUGCUCUGGCAUCCCACGCAGCGAGUGGAGCCGCCUGGCCCUCUUUGACUUUCUGCUCCAGGUUCAUGACCGCCUGGACCGCUACUGCUGUGGGUUUCAGCCUGAUCCCUCCGAGCCCUGCAUGGAGGAGAUGCUCCAUGAGAAGUGCCGAAACCCAGCAGAGCUGGUCCUGGUCCACAUCCUGGUCCGGAGGAGCGCACCAACCCGCCUGGUGUUCAUCGACAAUGCGGGCAAGCCACAGCACCCUGAGGAAAAGCUCAACUUCAGGCUCCUGCAAGGCAUAGACAGCUUCCCGGCAGCAGCCGUGGCCACGCUGCAGUCGGGCCGGCUGCAGGGCCUGCUGCUGGAAUCGCUGCGCCUGGACAGGGAGCUGUGGGAGAGCCACGGCGGCGCGCAGGGCCUGAGGCCUCUGCUGAGGACCAUCGAGAGGCGGGCGCACGUCCUGCUGCGCUACAUCCGGGAGCACAACCUCCGUGUGUUCGAGGACUUGCCACGCUGAUCCAGCCCCCAGCCAGCAUGGCACAGCACGGCAUGGCACGGCAUGGCAUGGCUGCCUCCCAGUGCCUCAUGGCCAUGGAGGCACCCCACUCCCACUGCCCGCGGGUGCUUAGCUCUCCAGAAGGCGUUCCCCCUCCUUGUGGGACACCCUGCUGAAGGAGAUGGGCUCACAGGGAGUAGGGAAGAGGAGGAAGAGACACCCAAGCCAACCCACAACUGCCUGAGAAAGCCAGUUAAUGGUCUGAGCCUGGAUUUUCAAAGGAGGGGGCACAUCCGUGAGAUUGUUGGGGUGCUUCACCCAACAGCUUUGGACACUGGAGGCUUGGACAGUUGAAAAGCCUAUGGGGACCACGGGAAGGGUUCAGGAAGUAGUGAGAGGCACGGCUCAAGACUGAGGGAAGUCACUGUCAGCCUUUCCGUGGCUUGCACUGGGCCUUUUUGAUAAUCACAGAAUCGUAGAAUCACAGAAUGAUUUGGGUUGGAAGGGACCUUAAAGAUCAUCUGGUUCCAACCCCUCUGCCAUGGGCAAGGACAUUCUGCUAGAUCAGAUUGCUCAAAGCCUUGUCUUACCUGCCCUUGAAUGAUGGAACCUUAGAGCUACAAAGAUGGUCAGGGGACUGGAACAUCUUAUGAGGAAAGGCUGCGAGACCUGGGGCUGUUUAGCCUGGAGAAGACUGAGGGAGGAUCUCAUAAAUACCUAAAAGGUCGAUAUCAGGAGGAUAGGGUGACUUUUUUUUCUGUAGUUUUACAGCAGCAGCAGUAAGGGACAAAUGCUGGAACACAAAAAGUUCCACUUAAAUAUCUGGAGAAACUUAUUUCCCGUUGAGGUGAGGGAGCCCUGGCACAGGCUGCCCAGGCAAAAUGUGGAGGCUCCUUCCUUGGAGGUCUUCAAAACCCACCUGGACACAUUCCCGUGUGACCUGAUUGAGGGGAACCUGCUUUAGCAGGGGGGUUGGACUGGAUGAUCUAUAUAAAGGUCCCUUCCAACCCCCACCAUUCUGUGUUUUUGUGAUUAUAUGAUGCUUUCACCGUUGAGGCCUGAGCAGCAUGGAGGAAAGCAGAGGAGAGCUUUCUUAGUGAAUUAGGCAAGGACAAGUCUUUCCCUGCUGUGGGGGAGGUGCUGUGUGCCUGGAAGUGAGUGUAAGGCAGUGCCUGAGGCCAGGGCCAGGCAGGAUCCAGGCCUGUGGGCAGCACCAGGCAGCACUUGUCCUCACCAAGCCCACAGUGCCGUCCCCAUCCUUGACAGGCCUGGGCUGCUGCCAAGGUGUGUUUUGAAGGUGGGAUUUGAAGAUUUAAAUCUCUUGCUCACUCUUUCCCUUCUCUGACAGGAGCUGAAAGGGCAAACCCAGCUCUGCCACUUGUGAAAAGCAUCCCUUCCUGCUCUCUUAGGCAUGGCUGCACAAAACUUUUUCCAAGGCUUGCAUAAAUCUCUUUUUUAACAAAAAUGCCAGGCUAUUUCAGCAGAGGGCAAUUGAGUGCAAAAUGCUUUCUGGCAGAGCCCAUCCUGCUCCUGACACCCCUUAGGCUUUUGCCCAGCAGCCCACUGUGAUGGUGCACAGCCACAUCCCAGCCAGGCAGGUCCUCGAGUGCCAGGGCUGAGAGAGAAUUCAAAAAGCAAAAUGAACAGAAGGAAAAAAGAUACAGGGAUGGGUUCUGUCAGAGCCUCGCUCUCUGCGGUACAUCUCCCAGCUGAGGCGUGCACUCAGUGUUCUCUUGCCAGCAGCAGCCAGUUCCUGGCCUGAGGGCUGAUGGUUUGCCACCAGGGGAAGGACUUUUAUGGGGACCUCAGGGAGCAGACCUGCAUUUCUCCAGCAUUACAGGUGGAACCUCCGUGCUUGAGAACACUCCAAGUCACUUGUGCUUUUGGAAGUGGUCUCUUAGGGAGACCACUGCAGGCACCCACGCUGUGCUUCUGUCCCAUUAGCCCAGCUUUGGAGAACAUGGCCAGCCGUGCAGUGGGAGAGGCAAGGGCAGCAGCAGAAGCAGGCAUUGAUGCCUUCCCUGCCCUAUCCCUCUCAGCAUUGUGUCAGUUUUAGAGCCUGUAAAUGGAUACUUCAACACCCAUGCUGGAAAACACAGGCAAUUACCUUUUUUUCCUCUUUUGCUGAAGAGAAGACAAAGCAAGGUAUGGGUGACAUGAAGCAAUGAGUGUGAGUGCUGAGCAUCAAGAGCACAUCAGCAUCCAGAGCUCUGGCAGCCUUUCCCUCACCACUCUCUCCACCCCAAGAGUUAUCACCCUGUGAUGAGUAACUGUUGGGGAAACCCCACUAAAGCCCAAAUCAUGGGGAUUUACUACUAGAAGGUGAGCUUGGCCUGUGAGCAUUAAGUAGAAAAACAAAAUAGCUCAUUGUGGAUCCUGUGCAAAGCUAUGCUCAGGCAUGGCCCUUAUAGAAAUAAAGGAGACUAAAUGUAACGUAAUCCAGAAAAUAUGCUGUGAAAAGCUGUGGUAACAAGAGCAUGAGUUAGGAUGUGUAGCAUCAGCCAUAGCCUUGUUUUUCUCAUUAAAAUGAGAAAUUCCAUUAAAAGAGAAGUUUUUACCUAGUAUAAGCCAAGUCCUCAGCCAGAAGUGAGAGGAACGUGGGGCAUUGCAUGGUGGCCAAAGCUGUAGAUUUUACUGUGCUGAAACAGCAGUUUUUGCCUUGCCUCUGGUUGCAUCUGCUUGACCUUAACAUUGCACAAGCAGUGGGGAUUUUUUCCUAGUUUUUUUUUGUGUUUCCUUAGUUGUACCAUGUGAGUUUGCUGGCUAAACACAUAUGGAACAUCUGUAGGCAUUUAUG